AUGGCUGAUGAUGUUAUAGAUUGGUUGCCAUACGUGGAUACUUUAGACCAGCGAUACCUGAAUGAGGUAGAAAAAACCGUUACGGCAGAGCUGGCGGCCAUCGAGCAGCAAGAACUGCAUCCGCGCAUUGCCGAACUGUUUCCUGCGGUGAGACAUCAUUGGGACGAACAAUACGGGCUGUAUAAAGAUAAUGUUGUGGGCUUAGAGGGCAGCAAUAAGCGCGCAGCGGAGGAUGGGGUUCUCUCGGAGCUGAAGCGCCGAUGCCCAGGCAUCGACAUAUCCGUAUACAAUGAUGAUAGCGAGGACCCAGUCCUGCUAGCGACGAUAGCAGGCUACCGGUACCACCAAGACCUCGUUGUCACCCAGCUGUUGCCGCAGACGCUGGAGAACCAGUGGGCCAUCAACAACGCAUAUCUUGAAGGCGCAGAGGCAGCCGUUCGAAGACAACUGCAGGAGCAGGAGCAACAGAUAGCGCAGCUUGACAGGCACCGCCAAGAGCUACAGCAGCGUGAGGCGCUAAGAUUCCGAUACCUCGAGCGGCAGUGGCGGGACCGGCUCCACGGCAACCUGGAGCGCGCAGCGGGUAAUAUAUAG